UCAUGCAAAGCGUCGCUGCUCGCCAGCAGUUAGUUGCAGUUCAGAGUUUGAUCCUUAAACGUCUACUAUAUCGCCUCGCCAUGUUGCAAUUGCCAGUGCUCAGUUUUGGCAAUGGCUGCAACAACAGCAGCAAGAGCAACAAUUUGGUCACCGUUUGUCGUCGGGCGUGCUCGUAUUUCACAUAUGCAGCGCAGGAGGAAGUCAAACAGGCAAAUCUUAAGCAGACCGCUGCACUCUAUCAGGUGUACGAGGAUUUUACAGAAAUGUCCAUUAUGUCGAAGAUGCCCACGCGCAUUUGUCUGGUGGGCGAGGCUGGUAAAGAUGAAGGCACGCUGCAGGCAGCCGAGAGCUUUGGCCUGCCCGUCAUUCAAUCGGAGACUGGUCUGGACAUCAUCAACGAUAUGGAAUGGCGCACCCUAUACGUGCUGACGGACUUCGAGGACGAGAUCUUCGAUGCCAUACACAAACAAAAGGAAUGCAUUUUGGGCCCACCCGCUUUGAAGUAUGCGGCAGAGAUGAAGCAGACACUGGGCCAGAACACUCGGCCCAUUUACAACUAUGCAAUGCGCGGCGUAGUCACUUGCUUCACCGGCAUACGCAAGAAGGAUGAGCUGACAAGACUCGUGAAUCUCAUACACUCCAUGGGUGGCUGCAUCAAGAAAGAUUUGAACACAAAGACCACGCAUCUGAUAUGCAAUCACAGUGGCGGUGAAAAGUAUCAAUACGCCAAAACCUUUCGCUUGACGGUGGUGCGUCCCGCUUGGGUUUAUGCCGCUUGGUCGGCGCGCGAUUCAUUGGAGUUUGAGGCGACGCAGGAUAGCUUCACGAAAGCGCAUCGCUUGAAGGCGUUUGAGGGGCAGAAGGUUUGCUUCUUUGGCUUUCCCGCCGAGGAGCAUCAGCAUAUGGUCGAUGUGUUGCUGGAGAAUGGCGGCGUCUGUGCCGAACUGGAUGAUCCCGAGUGCUCGCAUGUUGUUAUGCCCAAUACGGGCGCUGUUCUUACAAGCACUAGCAAUAGCACUAGCACAACUAGCACUGAUACUAACCACAGCACUAACACUAAAGCCCAACUAAGCAGCAACACUCCCAAGUCCACACCCACCAAAACAGCUAGCAACUCAGAUGCUGCUGCCGAUGCGGCAUUGCAGCAACAACAACAACAGGAACAAGGGCAACAACAGCCUGCAUCUGAUAAGGAGAAUCAAAGCGAUGAACUGGAUGACCUGCACUUUGAUCCACGUUUGUUUGUGGAAGCAGGCGAUUUACAACAGCCGGAGGAACUACCGCUGCCAGACGACUUGGCCGAUGAGGAGGAUGUGCAGGCCAGCACGCCAAAGAGCAGCAAACAGCCAAGCAUAAUUAUAACUGCCGGCACUCCGACAACCAGCAAUGGCAGCCCGCUGUCCCCAUGCGAAUUUCAAUCGCACACCGAAAGUCUGUCGCCCAUUUUAAAGGCGCCUGUCAAACUGCUGACCAUUGAGACGAUCAACGAAUGCGACAUGGAAACGGAUGAUUUGAUGGAAACCGGCAUCGAGAAUGAUCUGAAGCGAAAACGUGACAGCUUCGACAGUGUCUCGCUAAUGUCUGUCGACUCGUUUGCCUUGCCCGCCAGCACCAAGAAACCGAAACUUAUUCGCACUGGGUCCAUAACGCGCACCCUCAAGCGCUCCAUGAGUUUUGUGGCCGAUCGCACGCCCAUCAUUAAAACACUGCGCACGCGUCGCAGCUCGAUUGCUGUCGCCGAUACGUCAACGUUUCUGGGCAGCGAGACCAUCGAGGCGGAUGACUCUGUCUGCUCGCUGGCCAGCAUUAAUAGCACACUGAAUGAGUCAAUACGGAAGCCGGUGAAGGCAUUGCGCAACAUCUGCGAUCGCAUCACGCGCAGCAGCAGUCGCCGUGCGGAGCGAGGCGAGGCGACGCCCGAAUGUGGUCUCUUGGACAGUGGCUUCAAGACGCCCAAGGCACCAUUGCAGCGUUUCGGUGCUGGCAGUGCCUCGGCUACUAAGAAGACAGCCAAACGGCUCUUCGGCCCGGUGGCCAGUGGUUUAAGCUGCUCCCUGACAUUCUCAUCAAAUCAUGCUAGCACUUCCAAUGCAAAUACACAAGUUAAUGAAGCAACCAGCACAAUUGCCUGCUCUGUGGCUGCCACAUCCAUGCUGCCCAUGCAAGUCACCUCAUCGAUAUCAACCACCACACCAUCAUCAUCUUCGACAGCAACAUCAUCAUCAACAGCUGUGCAAAUCAUUGAUAACGCUGCUCCCGCGCUGAGAGCAUCAACGCCACCUGCUGCAGAUGAGCCCAUGCAAAUGGUUGUUGAUGAGCACACGACUGUGUCGAAGCCGGAGCCUAAGAAUCAUAAUACGCACAUUCUGAAAUCGGACUGGUUCUGGUAUACAAUCCAGAAUGGCUAUGCCAACGAGAUGGAUUAUCUGUUUGGCGAUUAUUUGGAUAGCAUUACGAAUACGCCGAGCACAGAUCGUCGCGAUUCGCUGCCAAUUACGCUCAAUAAGCGGAAACGCAAGCGUUUCUCACAGCGCAUACAGUUGGAGGGGACACCUUUGGGUUCGGGCAAGCGACGCUCAUCGGUAUCGGACGCUGGUCUGUUAUCCGUUUCGAAUAGCUUUUUUGACUGUACGACCAGUCCGGAUAAGCUUGAGAAUGAUAAACUGCUGCAUGUGGAACCAGAGGUUACCGAAGCGACGCCCACCAAAAAAUCCAUGCGUUACAAUCACUUUAUGGACUUCUUUACCACAGAGUCCAACUAUGUGGGCAUAAUGGAUACCAUACUAAAUCUGUUCAAGAAUAAACUGGAGGAGCUGGCAGAGACGAAUGAUCCGCUGCUAAAUAAAUCAGAGAUCAAGACCAUAUUUGGAAAUUUUCUGCCCAUUCAUGAGGUGCACCAGAGCAUGCUGGAGCAUUUGCGCAAGCUGCAUGCCAAUUGGCGUGAAGAUUGCCUCAUUGGCGAUAUAAUAAUACAGCAUCGCGACGAGCUGAUUAAGGCCUACCCGCCCUAUGUCAACUUCUAUGAGCAGAUGAAAGAACAGUUGCUCUACUGUGAUCGCGAAUAUCCACGCUUCCACGCCUUCCUCAAGAUCAAUCAGACGAAACCAGAGUGUGGCCGUCAGAGUCUACAAGAUCUGAUGAUAAGACCCGUACAGCGUUUACCUAGCAUAAGUCUACUGCUCAAUGAUAUUUUAAAGCAUACGAGCAACAGUAAUAAGGAUCAUGCGCGUCUCGAGGAAGCGCUGAAGGCCAUCAAGCAGGUGACGCUGCACAUUAACGAGGACAAACGUCGCACAGAGUCACGCAUGGCCAUCUUUGACAUAUUCAAUGAUAUCGAUGGCUGUCCAGCGCAUUUGGUUAGCUCCAAUCGCAGCUUCAUAUCCAAAUGUGAGGUCAACGAGCUCUCUGACUCAUUGAGUGGACGUGGCGAUAGCCUGCUGCUCUACUUGUUUUCCGAUUCCAUAGAGCUGUGCAAGCGACGCUCACGCGGAUUCAACACGGCCAAAUCGCCGAGCACGGCGAAGACGCAUAAGCACAUUAAACUGAUAUCGCUGAAUACGAUACGCUUUGUCAUCGACAUCACAGAUAGUCCGCGCGCCUUUGGUCUGCUGCAGCGUGGCGAAAAGGAGAAGCUAUACACGUUUAGCAUCAUCGACGAGGAGACGGACAAGCUGGUAUAUCUUAAAAAGCUGUGCAUGCAAAUUACUGCGCAUACAUGUCGCACAGAUCCGGACAAAAUGCUGAUGAGUCGCACAUCUCUGGAACUGGAAGUAGACAUCAGCGAUGUAAAUGUCAGCACAUUGAGUAAGGCAUUCAAGCUGGCGGCCAAAACGCGUCUCAAGGUUGGACGCGCCUUUUCCUUUAAUAAAACACCCAAUAAGCUGAAACGAGCAGUUUCCACAAUGAUGACAUCGCCAUUUGGCAGCACCAACUCCCUAACGCCCGCCUCGCAGCUGGCACAAAUGCGCCUGGCCAGCUGCACCAACAUCAAUGAAGUAGCUGAUGAGGAGUGCAGCAGUAUGCGCAGCAGUUCACCAUCAUCGCAGUCCGAGAUGCUGGUCGUGCCUCCGCUCUCGGUGCAGCCAACACGUAAAAACAAGGCCGUCGUUGGACGCAUUUAGCCAGCAAAGUUUGAGCCUAAUGCUGAACUACAAUAAGUGUAUUCCAUUUAAAUCAGUUUCGUGUAGGCUUAAAGUAUGUCUUGACGCACGCACACACAAAACAGAACGCUCGCUUGUGCCCCCACACAUAAUCAUAAAUGUAAUUCAUACUUUCAAAAUUUUGUAAUCUCAUAAAAAACACACGCGUCCAAUCAGUUUAAGGUCGUAAUUUUAGAAUAUUUUUCUAAGUAUCUUUGUCGCCAUUGUCGCUCGCAAAUGUUGAAGCGUUUGCGAAUCUCGAUGAAUUAUGUAAUCCUCAAUUCUAUGAGUAAUUGUAAAUAGUUCUUUCUAAAGUGCUAAAAAAAAAAGAAUCUCUAUCUAUAUACUUUACUAUAUAUCUAUUACUGUAUGUUCUAUGUUAUCGUAUAAUGUAACUAAUCGUAUUAGUGACUUGAAAUCGCAUUCACGCCCUAAAAACGAUCGAUCGAUCGAUUGGUUGAUUGGUCGAUGAAAAUCGGCUCGAUUUCAUUUUUGUUCGGCUUGUCCGCUACACUGCAAAAGCUGUGAAUGUUUACUGAGUAAAUUUUUUUAAAAAUAUGCAUAACAAUUAAUGUUAAAUCCAUUCAAUUUGUUUGAGGCAGGCGAACAGCCCAAAGUCGUAUCGUAAGCAGAGCAUGAUAAUGAUAUGAUGUUUAAGAGAUAAUAUAUUCGAACUAUGAUAUAAAAUUUUCAUUCAAA